CGCUGCGUAUACCUCCUCUACUUUCUUUCCUUCGCCGAGCUACAAUAAUAUAUACACUUAUAGAAUACACACGUACACUGGCAUAAUCGGGCGUGCUCGUGGAGCCUAAGCCCAAGUCACACAGUAGUGCACCAGUCUUUGCGCAAUAACUACCCAAAGUCGCAGCACGGAGUUUAUUCUCGUAAACCAGGAGCCGCCGCGGCGUGUGGUACGAAUUUCAACAAUUUAGUUGAGCAGCUAGCGCUCGUUCGCGACUACGGCUCUCUUGGCUUCCAGUCUAGUUCUUCAAUCCUAAUUUUUAGCACCUCGUCCAGCAGCUUAGCCACGUUAUACUGGCCAGCCUCGAGUCAGCACCUCAGCGGAUAUAAAUCGGUGUGAGACAGAGAGAGAGAGACGGAGUGCAGAAAUGAAUAUAAAAUUUUGGAAAAGUAAGCUGCUGGUUUUUCUGGCGAUCGCGAGCUGCGUAAUAGGCCAGCAUGAAGACGACACAACGAACGCCUUCAUGGAGGCUGCCUCGGCUUUGCUCGAAAACCAAGAAGCGAUCGGCGGACUGCAGGGUGUGGCCAAGGCUUUCAUGCAAUCCGACGGAGGAAAGCAGGGAUCCGCCGACGGUCUUGGACAAAUCAUCUCGGGCAUUGGAAGUCUCAUGGCCGCGACCCAGGGUGGCCAAAGUGGAGUUGGACAGAAUAGCGGACCCGGCGCUGGUAUAGAUCUGUCGAUGAUCGGCAAUCUCAUCGGUGGCCUUUCGUCGCUUUCGUCCGCGGCCUCCCCCUCGCAUUCCCAUCAAAAGAGAUCGAUGCAUCACGAGAAUGCGGCUGAAUCUUCGGAAGGAGGCUUCGAUUUCAACAGCAUGAUCAAUAUUGCUUCGGCCUUUAUGGGUCAAACUGGCAACGCCGAGGGUGUAAUGGGUCUUUUGCCACUCGUUUUGAAUACCUUCAGCGGUAAUACCGAUAAGAACGGCCACACCGACCAUUCCGAUCAUUCUUGGUACAUGCCGCCAAUUCUUGAAAACAUCCAUCUUAUGUGGGACCAUUUCAGAAACUCGGAACUUGGUCAGACAUUAUGGAAAAACAGUGGCCUUGCCCAAAUCGUCGGAACGAUGACCGACGAACAUGGAAACAUCGAGUGGGAGAAAAUCAUGGAGAGCUUCGAGAAUCCCACCCUUCGCCGGCGAUGGAUCAAUUCACUGACGAGUUUCGUAGCCGAAUGGAUAUCGCAUGUAUCCGAUCCAGCCGUUCAGCAACGCUACCUCGCCACGGCUCAGUUUAUCGGCAACAGUUUCCUCAAGUCGCAAGGAUAUCCCAAAGCGGUGAUGUUCGAGCCCACCAGACCUACCGAGAGUCUGUCGAGGCUCAUCAAUGCCGUGGCCAAGCGUCACUUGAACAUGAACGUCGACAGCUAUCAGUACGUAAAACCAGCCAUCGCCUACGUACAGGAGCUCAUGAGCUUGGCUUCGGAAAAGGGCUUCAUCAUGUCGCGAAUCAACGCUCGCGAGCUCAGCAAUAAAUUGAGUGACUCCAUCAACAAUGGUUUUAUCGCUCCACUCCUUAAAGCUUAUCGCGCUUACAAAUGGGGAUCGAAAAUGCCGCAUUGUGCCGCGCAAAUUUUGUGCUCGAUCAAUCACAGGCCAGCGCCAGUCGACGGGUCUAAACCAGCUCUCGACGAAUCCAUUCGAGUAGGAUUAACCAAAGUAGCCAGUUUCCCAGCUGCUUGGGCCAUCAGUAACAAAAGCAACGCCAAUUUUUGGUCCCUGUAUUCGUCUAUACUAGAAACCGAAAAUUGCCUCGUCAAGUACCCAGCGGAUUGCACGUUGUUUCACGAGGAAGAAAUUCGAGUAACAACAGAGUUUCCACACAGCGAUGAACUUUGAGUUAUGCCGAGUUUGAAUGUGUCAAAUAACGAUCAAGAGACGGUAUUAAAUAUCAUGUAACACAAACAAAAAUGAUCAGAUGAUCUGAUCAGAGGCGAUUUUUUUCAUUAAUUCAUUUAAAUCUGAUCGAAAAUUUACCAAUUAUUAUUUUCUUUUCACUUAAACUAGCAAGUUUAAAAAGAUUCCAGCGUAAAAGAUUAAAGGUACUUUUCAAAUUAGAUUUUUAACUGGUAGGAAAAAUAAUGAUAAUGUCGAGGUGCGAUAGCUAUUAUAAAAGAUACGACUGUUAUUAAUUAUUGAUUUAUUUUUUAAAUUAAGUGCAAAUAACGACUGUAAAACGAGUACUUCUGAAUCAUAAGAUGAGUGAAUCGAGUUUACCAAGUAG